AUGCAUGAAUCGGCUCCGUCGAGCAGCUUCAUCGACGCAUCCAAGCAUUCCUCUUCCAUACAUCCACCAUCGUCCUCGGCCUACGGCGCACGCAGCAAUGGCGCCUACUCGCCAGUCAGAGACAGUCAGAAGAUGAACGAGUCCGCGGGCGCGUCCGCCUCGCCCAACGCGCAGUCGCCUGCCUCUCGAUCCGGUGGCAUUCCAGAUGGCGAUGGCGGAUCAGCUAAGAAAGACUUUCAACGCUCCUUCAAGGCUUGCGAUGGCUGUCGCACCAAGAAGGUCAAAUGCGAGCUAGGUGAUCUGGCCGCACCGUCAGAACCUCCGUGCGCACGAUGCAAGCGCGAGAUGCGGCCAUGUCUCUUCACCAUGUCGACACGUGGACGUGGUCCCAAAGCACGCUCUUCUCGAUCUCAAGCCUUCGGUGCGCAUCAUCUUGCAAAGAAUCCGCGCACUUCAUCUGCUCACGACACGCACGACCAAGACGACGAGCACGACACUGCCUCUUCUGCCAUCGACGCCCUGGCUGGCGCUGCUCUCGCGUCUCUGCCCGCGACUAACCUCCGGCUCCACUCGGCUCGCCACGAUGUACCUGUCUCUGCACUGGAUCCUUCAGAUGCACCGAGCAUCGGCAUGAUCUACGGACUCAAUCGACACGACGGAACACGCCCACAGAGCAAGCGUAGGAGAAUGUCGAGCGAAAUAGAGCCAAGCCGGCGUCCUGACGUCGCCGCAGAGCCCCUCGACGUCUCUAUCUCGGAGGAACAAGCUGACGCGUCCAGUCCGUCGGCAAGCUCAUCAGCAGCAGCAGCCAUCAACAGCGAACCCCUUGGCUUGAUCUCGAGGCUGGACUCGCUGCAGCAGUAUGCAGAAGUCGGUCUUCAACACAGUAAAGAUGCUCUCCGAGUAUUGGCAGGCGUCGCCGUAGAGUCAAGAGAAACCAACAACGACGUUGACAUGGACAGAGAUGGCCAGAUUGCUAACGAACAUGGUGAUGCGGCAGCACAUAUCGAGCAAGAAGGCUCAAAUCAACGCCAUGGCCCAACACCAUUCGUAGAAGGUCGUUCGUCUGAUCAAGCCGCUGCAAACGCAGCUUCCACCUCUCAGACUGCAGCUAGCUUGCGAGGUGGCCUGAGCUCCGCGCAGCGUUCGGCAGCAGCGCUCGUUAGCCGUCCCGUCACCCCACCGCCUCUCAAGCACAACUACGGCUGGAGCAAGUUUGAGCCGGUUCGUCUCAAGCUCAUCAAGAGGAGCGAAGCCAGAUACUUUCUCAACUUUUUCGUUCGACAGAUGCACUCCUUCGCACCGCACUGCUCACCGCAUCUUCUGGACAAGUCGCCUGAAGCGCUCUCCGAACUUGUCUGUCGCGAACCCAUUCUGCUCGGCGCCAUGCUCUCUGUCGCUUCGCGCUACGACGUCACCAACCACAACGCGCAUGUCACUGCCGUCGACACCUUUCACCGCAAGAUCUCGAAAUGGACACAGGAAAAGAUCAGCCGUUCCUUCUUUCUCCCCGCCUCGCACACCAUCGGCACCAUCGAAGCCCUGCUCAUCCUCAGCGAAUGGGCGACACUGGAUCUACACGAUCGACGGGCGUCGCCGGACGCUAGUUCCGACUCGGAGGAUUCCGAAGACGACAGGGGGGACGCGGAUCUGUCCGACUCGGAAGCGGAUCCAGAAGCUGAGGACACAUUUGCUACGAGUCCAGCAACUGCCACAGUGACGGGCGAUGAUCUGCGUUCAGAACACGAAGGACAGAUACCUCGAGCAAGGCAAACCAAAAGAAGCGGUGCGAAGCCGUCGCAAAAGCCACGACAAGCCGACAUGCGCGAGUCGGAAAAGUUUGACGAUACCGCCUGGAUGUUGACUGGGACGGCGCUUCGCUUGGCCGAACGACUCGAUCUGCACAACGAUGCUACCUACAGCGGCAUCUCGAGUCGCAAUGCCGCUUCCAGACGGAAUGCAGAACGCCGGAUGCGCGUGUGGAUGUCAAGCGUCCACGCCGACUGCCAUCUGUCCGUGCGGUUGGGUCGCAGGAUAUCGAGUCCUGGACUGGCAGCACCUUUCAUGAAUCUCGUGCGCGACCGCACGCAUCCCUUCCUGCUCAACGCCGACAUGAGCAACAGCGACGAGAAUGGUUUCCCCUCAGGAUCCAAUCGUGCCUGGAUCUCGUUUCGUGCCCACGCGGAACUGUUGCAGAUCGUGUUUCGUACGUGCGAAAACUUGUAUCGAUCGAAAGCAGUGACGGAGCGACUGUUGGAGGACGAAGAUUUUGUUCCUGCGCUCAAAUCGAUCCGGGACGAUCUAGACAACUGGGCCAACUGGACGCAACCACGAAUCGAACCGACGCGCGAUAUGACGUCGCUACGGAUCCGCGUAGAGUAUCACUACGCUCGUCUCUACGCAAACGGUAUCGCUCUGGACUCGGUCAAGCGUAGUCUGCGGACGUUGCGCAACCACAGGCAGUAUCGAGCAUCCGAAGCAGCAGAGAUUGGAUCGAAAGGACGACUGGGAAAAGCGGGUGUCAGCGCCGCUGCUUCUGCCGCCGCUUCGUAUACGGUUAGCUUCUCGACCCAUCCUGCGUAUCCGUUCGUGCGAGAGGCGUUGGCAGCCGCUCAGAGUCUGAUCCGCAUCUUGACAGUGGAGCUCGAGACGAUGAUGUGCGCACCAGCGAGGUGGUUCCUGCUGCUCGUCAUGGCGGCGGUGUUUUGCGUCAAAGCAACGGCGGUUUCGGAUGUGAUUUUGCCGCUCAAGCGAUGUGCGCAGUCGCUGCAGCAGGUAAUCACGGCAUUGGAGAGGGCUGCACCGGAUGGAGUGCAUCUGGCGAAUCGGUACUCGAUGUAUCUGCGCCAGCUGGCAAAGCAGCUGGUUCUGACGGACGCAAAGACGCGGACGGCAUCCGGAGGUGCGAGCCAGGCGCGAAACAAAUCACGCACGCGAAGCACGUCACAGCUUGCGCAGUCAGAGACGGCCGAGGAAACUUCCGCAUCGCCGGCAGAAAAAGGUAGAGGCAAGCACGCUGCCGCUAUAGAUAGCGCCGGUCGGAUCCAGAAUGCCGCAUCAACCGACUUCGUUUCUACUCCUGCGGCGUCGCUUGCGCCUGAUAUUGCAGCGAGUCUGGGCGCUGCACCGCCUACUCACGGCGAAACAUCAUCCGAUCAGUCGAUGCAGUCGCACGCGUUGAUGGGUGCACCCACUACGGGAGCAUCUGCCGUGUUUGUGCGUCCGGCCGAUGGUGUGCGUUCCGAUCCGUCUGCCGCUGGAUUCGAUGCGUGGGGCAACGCCACGGGCGUCGGCUGGACUGCUGCUUCGGCGGCUCCCACGCAGAGUCUGACUGGAGGAGCGGGUUCGUGGUGGAGCACCGCCGACAUCCUGCCCGGAGAAGUUGAUCCUCAGCUGUUCCUCAAAUGGCUGGACGAUCAGACGUCGACGCUGGCACCUCCUACCUCGCAUCAUCCCAUGACUUCGUGGGCGAGCGGCACGCAGCAACAGCAACCGCAGCAGACACAUCGACCGCAUGCCGGCUCGCUGGGCAGCCUGGUAGCUCCAUCGCCUCGCGCGCCGAAUCGUUCCCCCUCUUCGGUCGUAAGUCCAGCUGCUGCAACACAUCCGACAAAACCACAGCACUAUAUGGAGGGUGAUCAGCAUGGGAUGACGCAGACUCAGCAGUUCAUGAAUGCGGAUGGAACGCGGACAUCAGCAGGGCAGGAGGACCUGUUGACCAAGAUGUGGCUCGACGAUGCGCUGACCGAUUUGGCGGCGGCAGGGCUCGAUAUGCCUUUUCUGUAA